AUGGAUAAAUUUGAUAUAUCGGAAUCGGACAUUUUAAGCAUACAAAAGAAAUUGAACUUUGUUAAGGAGUUCUUUCAGGAUGACAGUUAUUGGCCAAAGAACGCAACAACAGGAAAACAUAACAAAGUUAACGAUCAUAAUCGUGGAAAAAUGAUACAAAUAGUAGACAGUCUAACAAACAAAAUACUAUUUCUUGAUAAAUGUAAGGUCAAAUCAGACACGCACCUAGAACUUGUCAAAGACAAAAUAGACAAAGUGUUAAAAGACCUCGACUUAUUAGCGGUCGAGGGCCUAUCUAAUAAAAACAGGUUUCAGGUAUACGACCUUGCAAAAGAAUUAAGAGCCUCUCUUGAGACGGCUCAAUUGAUCCUUUAUGAACACAUGCACGAGGAACUAUCUGAAGACGAACAGAUGAGGAUCCUGCGUAGCCCUACUAGUCAAGGCCCACAACAGCUGACUUACAGACGACUAGACAGUCAUAGUUCGGUUGUCUCGGUGACCGAACACACUCGUUCGGAUACGGGUAGUCUAGAAACUCUGGAGGGUCCGUCUAAUUCGCAGAAGAGACACGAACCCGAGUUGAGUCCCACUGAUAGGACUGAGAUUGAAACCAAAAAGACAAAAACAGAUGAAGAAUCUGAGGAGACUGUUGGUGAACUAAAUCACCUAGUCCACGCGGAAUUGGACAACCUAAAAACAAUUAUUGAAAGCGACAGCUUGAAUAAGCGAAUAACAGUCACUAUGCGUAAAGAACUUACGGGAUCUUACAACCGUAUCUGCUCGAUCGUAAGAGACAUUACGUACCAACACGCAAAGCUUGAAGGGGCUUAUAAAGAAACAGUAAAAAACAAAAGAGAAAGGCCAAAUAAGCCUAGCAGACCGCAAGCAAUCAUCACAAUUAACGAUGAUGAUGAUGAUGAUGAAACAUCCACACCGCGAGUAGACAAUGACAAAUCUUAUUCAAACGCAGUCCAACGUAACAAAUCGGUCGCUGUACCCGCCAGGGUUAGUGUUCACGAUGGAAGAGUUGGAAAAAAGAACUCUAAAACAAAACAAAGGUCAAAACGCCCAAUGACACCGGCGGCAGUCACAGAAAACCCAGCGCCACAAGUCCAACAAUCUACAACGGAAGGCACCUUCCAAGUAGUUGAAAGGACCAAAAAGCGAAAAGGUAAAAAGAAGACUAAUAUAGACCUGAAUACAAUCAGAAAACCACCAGCCUUGCCAAGGUUUAUCCUAAAGGACUCCGCGACAAGCGAAGACUAUCCUAAACUAUGGAAAAUGUUCUGGACAGUACUAAGGAAUAACAUUAAAAACCCAAGACUGGCGGUUCAUAAAAACCGCACAAAAGGUCCAACCAUACUAGUACCGGACAAUAAGGACACCUUAGAUGCCCUGAGAGAUAAUACCUUGGUCUUGGAAAUUAUUCCGAGAAAGCCACGGUUGACUCUUAAAGGCCUCGACAGCAGCCUUAAGGACGAGGAAGUAAUUCAGGAACUGCUAGAUUGCAAUCCGGAAUUGGGUCUAACCGAGACCGAUGCACAGGACAUCAGAGUGGCCUACCACUCUGGGCCAAGCUCAGGGACGGUUACCAACUUUGUCCUUGAGGUAAGUCCUGAAAUUCUUCGAAGAAUUGAAGGAAAGAAAGCGUAUAUCGGCGGCAUUCGAUGCACACUGAGUCUGAAUCAUUCAGUGUCACAGUGCUUCAAGUGCCAGAAAUACGGUCAUACGUCAAAGAACUGUCGUGAAGAAGAAAUGACAUGUAGAAACUGUGCUGGCAGCCAUGACAGCCGAACAUGUCAGAUCAAAGAAUUUAAAUGUUGCAAUUGCAAGGGCGAACAUAAAGCAUCUAGCGACAGCUGUCCUACAAAGACAGCCGCUCUGAAGCGCCUGGCAAAGCGGACUGACUUCGGCCAACCGCUUGCGACAGGAACUACAGAUAAAGAACAAUAA